UGAUGGAAGAGAUGACGAUGAGCUUCCAGACGGCCUCGGACCUGAUAUCGUGACUUCUGAUCCCGAUACUCUCUGGCUGCAGCAACGGCCACUACUGCACUGCAUAGGACUGAUAUAUACCUGUUGGAAAGACUUCUGGGCUUGGGUUUUGGUAUACCUCGUGGGAAAUCCGAUCAAAUCGAGAAUUACCCGUAAUAUACUUACUGCCAGCCGACGUCCUGGAUUUUGGCAUUUUGUUAUAAAUACCAUCGUGUGGCCCGUCCCGCCUGAUCCCCCAGUGCACUUGCACACAUAGAUAUCGUUCAGGAGGUCUUUCUCCGGCUGAUGAUCUAUUGACGAUCUGAAUAUUUGGAGAAUGGCUCCGGGCGGUAACAGAGCUGAUGUACAAAAUGCUCGGGCUAAGUUAGUCGAAUCGUAUAAUCAAAUUUUGGAGGAGUUUAAUACCGAUCAGGAUUUGAAGAAUGUGGGAAAUUACAGGAUAUCCCGAAUGAUUGGGAAAGGAAGUUUUGGAAAGGUAUAUCUGGCCACACACAAACUGACUGGAACAAAGGUCGUGCUCAAAUCUGCUGAAAAGUCAGAUCUCAAUCUUGCCCGUGAAAUCCACCACUACCGCCAACUUCUGCAUCCUCAUAUCGCUCGUCUCUACGAGGUCGUGAUCACCGAGACCCUCGUCUGGCUUGUGCUCGAGUACUGCCCCGGCGAUGAACUCUACACCUACGUCCUCCGCCACGGCCGUCUUUCAACCGACCAAGUGCAGCGGAUAUUCGCCCAGCUCUGCGGCGCAGUCGCGUACAUCCACACGAAAAACAUCGUGCACCGGGACCUCAAGCUCGAAAACAUCCUGAUGGACAAACACGACCGCGUCAAGCUGUGCGAUUUCGGCUUCACGCGCGAGUGCGAGCCGAAACGGCUCUUGCAGACGUUUUGCGGGACGAUUUGUUAUGCCGCGCCGGAGAUGGUGUUGGGCGAGAAGUAUCAUGGACAGGCGGUCGAUGUCUGGGCACUCGGAAUUAUUCUCUACGCGCUUUUGUGUGGCGAGUUGCCGUUUGAUGAGGAAGAUGAGGUGCAGACGAGACUAAGGAUAUCAAACGAUGACCCCGAUUAUCCUGACUUUUUGCCUGAAGACGCUCUCAACCUGCUCCAAUCGAUCCUGUCAAAGCGAUCGAGUACACGUCCAUCGGCGACCGAAAUCCUGCAGCACCCGUUCCUAUCGCAAUACAGCGGCGAGCAAAUCUCUCAACUGCUAAUCCUGCAACCACCCCCCUUCUCCACCAAGCUCGAACGCGACAUCCUCGACCGCCUGCGUCAUGCGUACAUCGACAUCGACGCGAUGCGCGAGAGCGUUCUGCAGCAGAAAUGCGAUAACCUGGCUGGCUGGUGGGCGUUGAUUGUCGAGCACGAGCAAAGAAAGUCGAAACGGUCAAAGAAGAAACGGAGGUCGGAGAGAUAUAAACGGUCGACGGAGGGAUCGCUCAGCCGACGGGCGAGUACCGAGACGGCGAUCCCGCUCCAGAAGCCGGUGCAUGUCGAGGAUCCGGUGGAUGAAUCGACGCAAACGCUGGAGGAGACGAUAAGAAGUCAGGCCGAAGAGGCCGCUAAUGCGCCCGCACCUUCUGAUGGUGGCCAUUCCGAGGGCGCGACGUCUCCGAGACGGAGGCAUCGCAGCAAUCUGUUUCGAGAGAUUGUUGAUGUCCUCGCGCACCCUAAACAGUGGGGAUCGGCUUCCGGCGGCAGCGGCGGACCUUCAGGCCACUUGCGGUCGGGCGAGAGAACGAGCUCGUCGAGUAGACGGCCGUCUAUAUCGAGCUUUCUGUCGCUUCAUAAAUCGCAGAGCCCUGCAUCUGACCAUCACCGGGGCGGUUUGCUGGGAAGGAACUCGCCUGUCGGUACGGGCGGGCGGCAGCAGCAGCAGAAGCCUGCGGGUGAUGCAAGUAAGCAUGAGAACAGGUCCUCGCCUGCACACACAGCUAGUAGGCCGACAUCAGCGGAUCAAGCAGCAGCGGCGUCAGCAGCAACCUCGUCGACAGCAACCGCGGCAGGAACGGCACCUGCAGUCGGCAACGGCGUACAAGGCCUGUCAAAGCCUGCGUCCUUAUCCCGAUCGCUAACUGACGGCGGAGAACAUAUCCGCCGCGACCGCUCUUCGACCCGGAACAGAAGCAGUCUAUCCUCUCUGCGAAUGACAGGCAUGCACUCGUCCGACUCGCGACGGUCUGUCUCGCUCGACCGGCAUUCGUCGCCAAACUCUGGCCGCGUGCGCCGCGGCAUAAGUCGCACGUCGACCUCGUCGUCGUUUUCGUCGCUGCGGUCGUCGAACCCGCGCCGAUCGACGUUUUCGCGGAAAUCAAGUACGUCGAGUAAUUCGAUCUCGUCGAUGAACACCUCACGCUCGCCGAGGUCUAGCUUGCGGUAUAACCCCUCCACGCCCACAGUGUCGGACGGCUUCGACCACCAGCGGCGCCGGCCCAAGUUUUCAAGACAUCGGAGGUCAAGCAACGAGGACGACAACAGCAGCGUGAGUUCUCGCUCGACCGCGACCGCAUCGUUCGGCACCCCGCGACCGAUGUAUGCCUCGACACAGCAGCAGCGGGCAGUCAAAGGGCGCUUCAGCAACGAGGCUGUAUUCUACAAAUCCGGCAGCGGGCGAAACUUCUCGGCCGACACGUUCUUUAACGAGCCCACGCAGCCCAGACGGCGGAUGAUGGGGUUCAGAUCCGGGAAUAGCGGCGUCCGCGGACGGAAAGGCGUGCCCGAGGACGCGAGCGAGCCGGCAUUGUACAGGGAUGGCACGGAGAAGAAAGAUGAUGGCGGGGACGGGAUCGAGGCGGUAGAUGAGGAGGGGGAGUACUCGGAUGAGGAGGGAGCAGAUAUAAAACUGGUGCCGAAUAGUUGAUAGAGUGUUGGUAUGAUUAGUAUUUUGGUGUAUUUUUUGUUCUUUUUGUUUACGCUGAAUACCAUUGGUGGUAUCUGGUUUUAUAUGUUUUUGGUUGGUUCAUUUGAUUGUAUAUAGACAAGAUGGACGUUGAUUUGGGGAGAUAUGAAGUGUUGAGAAUAUUUACAAUAGACGUUGAAGAGAC